AUGUCUAAACUGCCACAAAUAAUGACUGUGAAGAUUUUCUUCGGAUCGCAAACGGGCAAUACUCAAGAACUUGCGGAGAGAAUAUAUUUCUAUCUGACAAAACAUGCUGUUCAAUCGUCUCUUGACGAGAUCGAAAAAAUUGACUUGAACGAUGAAAGCGCGCAGCUUUUCGUUAUCUGCAUCUCUACCACUGGCGUUGGGGACCCGCCUGCGGAUUCGAAAAGCUUUUGGAGGAUGAUCAUGAAGAAAGACUUCGAAAUCCGCCAAAGCCCACAAGUAAAAGCAAUUGUCUUCGCGAUGGCUGAGGGCACUGACGAUCGAUGGGAUUACGCGAAUCGGCCAAGAAGAACUAUCGCCGAGGCACUUCAAGAUUUCCCAAAGAGCGUUAAAGACCUGCCAGUAGAAGCUUUGCUCGACAUAUUUCCUCUCAUCCGCCCGCGGCCCUACUCCAUAUGCUGCUACGGAGAAGGAUAUGUAGAGAUUUUAUGUGCAGUGGUUAAUUAUAAAUCGAGAAUGGCAACCCCCCGAGUGGGCCUUUGCUCCGCAUUCGUCAAGAAACUUGAAGAAGGUGAUGAAGUUGAGCUAUCAAUUUCGUCUGGGACGUUCCAACUGGUUAACAAGGCGGAUUACAUAAUGGUGGGUCCUGGCACUGGUAUCGCCCCGUUCCGAUCGAUUUAUCAAAAGAGAAUUGCGUCGAAACGCUCGCUGCUCUUCUUUGGCUGUCGAGGAAAAGACAAAGAUCUGUACUUUGAAGAUGAUUUUGAGGAAGUGACGCGACUAAACGCAUUUUCAAGAGACAAGAACGAGAAAAAGAAAUAUGUCCAAGAGGUCAUUGAAGAAAAUGCGCAACAAGUAUUCGAAAAGAUUAUGAGCGGUUGCAUCAUUUUAAUUGCUGGAAAAUCAAAAGAUAUGCCAGAUGGUGUGAAGAACGCAAUAAAAAUGGUGAUAGCGAAAAGUGCGAACAUGACGGGCGAACAAGCGAACUUAUUCUUGAACAUGCUGCAAGACCAAGGAAUGGCUUUUAUUAUGUCCGAAAUUUGUAGAGAGUGGAAUAAUAGAGAGCCACGAAAAAGGACGAUUACAAUUGGAGUGCUGAUGGAUGUUCGGAUUCGGACAGUCACCUUCAAUGUCGCGGAUGAAAACCCACCAUCCGACGUUCCAGCGGCACUGUUCGGAAAGAAUUCUGAAGAAGAUUCUCCAGAUAUUUUCAUUCUAGCCAUGCAAGAAGUCAAUUUAGGACUGCAAGUUGGAGCUCUUUUAUUUUGGGAUACUUGGACUGAAGCGAUGUCCGAGCAUCUGACGAAAAAGGGUUACUACAGAAUUGAAAGCAUACGAAUGCAGGGGAUUGUUUUAUCAGUCUUCGGUAAGCGAAGCCUGUUGCCUCAAUUUCGCGAUGUCCGGUGCGACUGGAUCGGGACAGGCCAACUUGGAUUCUGGGGAAACAAGGGAGCAGUUGCAAUCCGAUUGAAACUAUUCGGAAAGACAUUCGCUCUAAUUAACUCGCACUUGCCUCACGGGACCGAGAAGAGCCAGUACAACCAGCGGCUUGUGUCGAUUGAAAAGAUUUUUAAUCUAAUCAAGUUCGCAGAUUUGGCAGUUUCGAUAUUUGAUCAUGAUGUUGUCUUGUUUCAAGGAGACCUGAACUUCAGGAUAUCAAGUAUCUCACGUGACCAGGUUCUCCAGCAUUUGGAAUCGAAAGAAAAAGAUAAGUGUCUGAAAGAAGACGAGCUAAAUAAUCUGCUGGAGUCGCAUCCAAUAAUCGCCAAGUUCACCGAAAAUGAUAUUGUCUUCAAUCCAACUUAUAAAUACGACAAGCAAAGUCGUAACUACGAUUCUUCAGCGAAAAAAAGGAAGCCAGCGUGGACGGAUCGCAUUCUGUACAAAUCGAAUGGAAUCAGAUGCCAUUCUUAUGAUGAGAUCUACGAAGUGCUCGUUUCAGAUCAUCGGCCAGUCUACGCAGAUUUUUCUGUAAAAAUUUCUUCAAGAGAUGUUCCACCACUUGCUACUAUUACUGGGAAGUUCGAUCCAGCAGAAAACGACGAUUUACGAAUUCAAGUGUCGAUAAAUAAAUCAGCUUUUGUCAAAAACCAAGAUUGGAUCGGAAUCUAUCGCCCUCACUUUAAGGAUUAUCGUGAUUGGGUCACAUUCCAAUGGACUGCUUUUGGAAAAGAGUCCGAAAACAGCUCAAGCGAAAAGAUCGACUUGGAGAUCUCCGUCUCCGACAUUCUGGUUGGUGGACAAUUCAUCGCCGGCUACUUUUCUUCCGUCAACCAAAAUCUUGUUGCUCUAUCCGAGCCCUUCCACGUGACGUCAAGGAACCCCGGGCCGACAAUAUCAAAUGCACAGCAAAACUGA